AUGCGGUUCUCAGAAUUGUCAAGUCGGAUUUUGGUUGGGUCUAAUUCUUCAGGGUGCCAAUUGCACUCUUUGCAGUUAGACCUGGUUGAUCAAGUGAUCCCUUACGUGAGCAUCGGAUAUCCAUUUGGUUCUCUGGCACCCAUCCUCUUUGGACAUUAUCACACAGCUAUCCUCAGAUCUCCCGAGACAAAACCUUCUAUAAUGGAAACGUGGGACAGGUUUGCUAGAGUUAAGCAGUUGAAGAACAAGUUCAGAUUUACUAACGCCCAUGAAGAGACACAUAUGAUCGAGGGUGUUUGCCGUUUCCAGAUGAGAUGGACCUGA